GUGCUUAGCGGUUUGUUGCCGCUACGAUUUAUUUACAAUGCUUUUGUAAUUAGCGAUCGUAAUAAGUAAUCGUAAAUUAGCCUUAGUAAGUAGAAAAUACGAUCGCAGUGAUUUUCGAAAGUUGCCAUUAUGCUAUUCUAUUCUUUUUUUAAGUCCUUGAUCGGCAAGGACGUGGUUGUCGAAUUGAAAAAUGACCUCAGUAUCUGUGGCACAUUGCAUUCUGUUGACCAAUACCUAAAUAUAAAAUUGACCGACAUCAGUGUAACUGACACGGACAAAUAUCCUCAUAUGCUAUCCGUGAAAAACUGUUUCAUUCGUGGAUCUGUGGUUAGAUAUGUACAACUUCCAGGGGAUGAGGUAGACACCCAACUCUUACAGGAUGCGGCACGCAAAGAAGCGGCGGUUCAAACGAGAUAACUCACAGUUUCAUUAAAUAAUUAUAAUUUUUUUUUAACCAAUGUUCUUCUACCUUUAAGGAUCAAAUAUAACAUGCAUACAGCACAAAAGAUUCUACAUCAGCGUGUGAAAUUGUUAAGAGUGCACACAAAUAGU